CGACAUGAAUCAAAACUCAAAAUUGAGUGGAAUCUCUCCAACGCCACCCGUUCAGACGCUGCUUGACCCAGCAACCAAAAUAAAUGCACCGCCGCCACCGUGGCAAAGCCGGUAUUGAACGUAAGGCAGUGUUGAGAUGGAGCGGAAAAACAAGUCAAUCACUUAAUAGUUCAUCAAUCAACUUUGAUGAGUGUUCUUCUCGGGUUACAAAAUGCCGCACCACUUUUCAAUAAAAUAAAAUGAUAAUAAUAAUAAUAGAAAUAAUUCCACCUGUAGCAUCUUAUCUUUUCCGUUUUUCAAAGAUAAAAACAUAAAUAGACUCUGGGGGAAGUUUGCCCAUCAUCCACAUUCAUUACGUGAGACAUGACCACACACGUUCUAAAGAUAUAAAAACAGCUAAACAGACGCAGCUAAGAAUGCACGUAAUGGGACGCACCUAUUGCGCCUAUAAAGCACUCUGAAACCCCCCCCCCCUCCAAAAAGCAUAUUAACAUACUGCAUAUUAACCAAGCUACAGUGACAUUGUUGUUAUUAUUGUUGUUACGCCAAAGAACUACGCCAUUUGCGUAGUGACACCUCGCCCCACCACACUCGCUCACAAUGCCUCAGGCCACUAGGAAAGGUGACGCUACGUACUGGAGCUGCCGCCACUGCUGCUGGGUUUUUGUUUUCGAGUUUGGAAAAGUUAACGCUAGGUGUAGCGUUACUUUCUACUGUAUGUUGCACCCAGGAAGGAAGUUCCGCUAAUGCUUAAAAUGACCAAAAUAGGGCAAAAUUACUUUAAGUAUUACACGCUAUCAUAAAUGUAGCCGUUACUACAUGGCCACAGCGUGGAUACAAAACCAUAAAACCUUGGAGGUAUUUUUAAUAGCAGACUUUGUAGGCAGAAUGGGUGUGUCCCAUUACGUGCCUCUUUUUAGCCGUUUUACAUCUUCAGAACGCACAGAAAAGAGAAAGAUGUGUGAUCAUGUCUCACAUACGGAUUGUGGAUGACAGGCAAAAAAAGUGCAGUUUUCCUUUCAGGUAUUUUCGGGUUGCUUUUUUGGUUUUUAAAUCGAUGAUUAAUCCAUCAUCCAAUUCAUAGACAACUAUCUUGGUAUUCGAUGAAUCGUUUUUUGAUUUAAAAAUGUAAAUAUUCUCCGAUUUCAGGCUCUCAAAUAAAAGCAGACGCGUGAUUACACACACGCACACACACACACACACACACACACACGCACACGCACACACACACACACACACACGCACACACACACACACACACACGCACGCACGCACACACCAGCUUUGACUUUGGAAAACAGUGAUCAACAUUUUUGCUUCUUUCUGAUACGUUGCGGACCAAACCACUAACUGUUUGUGUUUGGUUCAUAUUGAUUUGGUCCGUCCAGGGCGGGGGUCGGCAACCUGUACCAUUUUGCCCCCUCACCCACUGAAGAAAAAUAGUCUGAAGCCGCAAAACAGCUCAAAGCGACAUCAUCUUGACGUGUAAAAGCUUGACACCAGUUAACAACAUCUGCACGUCCAACAUGGCGGGGUUACGUUGGUUCCACCUCACUACCUGACGCCUCAAGAGAGCUGGCUGGCUAACGCUGCUCAGCUAAACUAUCAAACGGCGGACGUCUGUGGUCGCCGGUUCGAACCCAGCGUGUAAAAUGGCGUCCGUGAAGAAUCAAAAACUACUUUCUUCCGAGUGUUUUGGGCGGGAUGCGUUAACGGUUAGUUUCCCGCUUCUCCCAUCACCGGUCAGAACGCAUUCACGGUCAUUUUUAACCCUUUUCUCCAAAACGCGCAUUUGCCCCACCCCGGGAAUAUUCGAGCAUUGCGAAGGGAGUGAAAAACACGUGAACGGCGUACGGCGUUAACUGCCUUUCGAAGCCGAUCGGCGUACGGCAGCAAACCUGACAUGUGCAGCUGGAUUACGCUCACUGAGGGAAGCUCACUGUGCCGCGCUUUGGAAAUGCCUGAAAGGGAGUCUGGAAGGGAAUUCCAAAGCAGCAAACAUCCACUGCUAGUCUCUUCCCACUCAGCCAAGCACAAACCAGGUGACAUAGAAGCCUUAGCUGCUACAAGGCGUGACCACACGGCUCUCCUGUGCUUGUAGUCCAGGUAGGAACUUACAGGAGGGGAUAAAAAUAGCAGGCGGUGACGCAGGGAAUUAGAUUAAGGUGAAGGUGCCAUCCAUUAUCUCCUCUCUCGGGUGUCUGGUACAGUUCCACGGGUGCUGCCCCUGUCCCGGCCUGCAGUGUGAGAUGAUUUGUAUGAUUUGAUUUUUGUUUGUUUGUUGUUGUCUUGUAACACCACAGGCAUUCUACCUUGCGCUUCCACGCACGAUUGUACAACAUGGUGUCAAUUGGCAGCCGUUGCCGUGCCAACAGCCGUUUAAAAAGCAGCUCGUUCCUUUGAAAGAAGAAAGAUGAGCCAAUUGUUGGCUUGAGUGCUUUUGCUGUUGAAGUGACAGGCCCGUGUUGCAGCUGUGAAACCCAAUCAUGAUUUAUAGCAGCGCUUCUCUACACUUCAAUCCCUCUAAGGUUGGCAGGUCUGGUGGUGUCUUUAUUCAUGCUGGUGCCAGCAGCUCAUACAGUGGUUUGUACACGGAAAUAACUACGACACAUACAGUCUUACACCGCUUAGAGAAAUUGCGGUCCACUUUGAGUCAUUAAAACGUGCUAAAAUCAACACAAUCGUUAUUAUUUUGGCAACUGGAACGUUCCUGAGAUUUUUUAUUUUUUGGCGGGUUGGAAAAAAGUCGCGCCCAUACUGUGCCGGGUUAGUAAAUUGUUGCACCCAGACAGGAACCAACCACUGAGUGAAAACGAUGUAGUGCACACGCACCAAACCGUAGGAGGAAAGAAAGCCCGUCUUCCGCUUUUCAAGACGUCCGGGAAGAGGAACUACUUAUGUUGGUUUGUCGUCAAAUGUCACUUCUGGUCACGUGACGGCGAGCCGUUUUCGUAUCGCCCGUACACACGGCAACGACAAGCCGGCGUACUCGGAUUUUCCCCACUCCAGAAGCCGUUUUCCAAAGCGUUUUCCUUUCAGGUCACCCAGAACGCCGUCCCCAUGUGGACGAGAAGCUGAAACGAUAAAACACUUUGCCAUUUUGAUCCUAAAUGGCCUUUUGGGAGCUUGAACAUACCCGAAACUUAGCAAAUAUUGCGGGUAUCCCGCCAAUAGUUGGCAUACUUUCAGCGAAGAGGCUGACAUCAGGGGAUAUUUUCAUUUUUAAAUCGAGAAACGAUUGAUCGAAAACCAAAAUAGUUGUUGCCCAAUUGGAUAAAUCGAUGAAUCAUCGAUUAAUUGUUGCAGCUCUAGCCAUUUCUGUUUUUCUUUGUUUUGCGUGUCAUGGUCUAAUGUGUGAAUUUAUCUGUCGGAUAUGCCGCAGGCCGCACGUCUGUAAGGGGAAAGCCAUGUGACCAUCUAAUGUUCUUUUUGUGGGCGCACAAGGAAGCCUUCCCUAAAAACAUGGCUCAUGAUGUCAUUUGUCUUUUUGAAAUGAACUUUCUGGUUUAAAAAAAACGAUGGGAGUUUUUCCAUCCAAAAACCGGAUUAAUUGUUGACUGAUGUAAAACAUGACAGCUUUUGUGUCGUAGCGAGCGGUUGUUGCAUCACUACUAAACUACUCAAAUGUCAAUCAAAUGAAGUCGCCCUAAAACUGCUGGCUUUUUUUUUUUAAGGAAAACGUGCAUUUUUCACUUCAUUCCCACUGAAACGUCAAUGCUUUCAUUUGACUUUUGGAAAGCAUUCAGCUCCAUCUAUUCAUACGUUCAACUGGCGCGUUUCAAUGGCGGAAUGGCGGUAUUUGCUUCACUGGACGUUCAACUUUAAAGUGUCCCUCGGACUGUGAUCAUGACAAACCUGGACUUGUCGUGCCUGCCCAGUUCGUCCUCGCUGCAGCUGCCGCCAAUGAAGUCGACAUUCCCGGGCGAGAAUUCCUCCGGUUCCUCGUCCUCGGCGGCCUGGAUGGCCACCGUGAUGGUAACCGUGCCCAUCUCCUGCGAGUGCUGGUCCACGGUGAUGACUUCAUCCACGCCCCUCUCAGAGGACGAAUCCGGGGAGCACGCCGCUUGGCGGCUGGGACUCGGGCCGGGGGUUCGGCUCAUGUUCCCCGUGUGGGUCGAGGCGCCUGCGCUGGCUCCGUUCACUCUUUGGGCGGCGGUAGUAGUAGCAGCGGAAGCCGAGAUCGAGUCGAGGACGCGGUGGGGACGCGGCGUCGGUACUCGACGGCCACUCUCGCUGCUGCUAUGGCUGAGGAGGACCCACGGGGCUCCCAAGACGCGCUCCACGGCUCGCCAGACGACCCCGAUCCAGAUCCGAGCCUCCGACGGAGGGCUGUGCGGAGCGGCGGGGCUCGUAGCAGCCGGCGAGACGCAGCCUGGAGCAGCAGAGGAGCCACCACCUUGUACCGCGGCGGCUACUGCUGCUACUUCCUCAUAUGUAAGAAGCUUUGUGGGAUUGGGCCGAGGCGGCGUCUCUUCGCACUCACUGGCGGCCCACAAGUAGAGGCUGACACAAAGCCAGGAGGGGGGCAACAGGAAGGAGAGGCAGCGCAGGAAGGCGUUUACCAAAGCAUGCAUACUUUUUUUUUUUUUUUUUUUUACUCAAUCAUGCACAAUUUUUGGGGGGAGUUGUUGUCUUACGGCGUGAGGACACACCCGUCCCCACUAUCAUGUCUCUAAGUAGGGAGCGAAUUCACGUGUUCCACCCCUAAUUGGGGAAUUGCGCUGACAAUGGACUAGCCCUGAGCCAAGGCUGCUAAUUGGAUAAUAGGCUUGCAGCCUCUGGUGGCACGUAAAGGAUGACAAGACGUGGACCUUUAGGAAUUAGGAGAUAAAUGGAUCCGUACCACUGCAACAGUAAAAGUAGGAGUAGAGAACGGGUUUGGAUUUGCCUCACUUCCAAUGUACUGCAAACAUCUUCUGCAUCUUCUCCUCGUUCUUAAGUGUGUUUUCUCCAGGCUUCCUCCCACGUCCCAAAAACAUGGACGUUAGGCUAGUUGGAGACGCUAAAUCAGGGGUCUCCAUUAUGCAACUCGCUCCAAAUUUCUUGAAACAGAACAAUACAAGAACAUGUCCACCGGAUAGCAUGUGCUUCUGUGUUUGUAGCUAUUUGACAUUGUUUUCUGCAUGUAAAGCUAUCAUUAUUCUCUAUAAAAUGUAUAUUUUGUUUCAUAUUUUUAUGUGUCUGGAACGGAUUAACUGGAUUGGCAUUGUUUCCUAUGGGGAAAAAAUUGCCUCGGUUUUCGUACGUUUCAGUUUUUGUCAAACCUUUUGGAACAAAUUAAUAACAAAACCCAUCAUUUGCCCAAGCUUUGUCGUUUCGGUUCAAAUGUGGUAUUUUACUCAAGGCAACAUCAGAAAAAUCCCCACGAUAUCCCCGAGGAUUUGAAUGUUCUGCCAAGGAGGACAUGUUUUGCAGAUUUAUGGUUUUACGGGGCAGGUUUUCUGUGAAAAUGACUUCUAUAUGGUUGUAAAUUGGGACUGGGGGAAGCCCACUACUGUUAAAUUCAGUGUAACAUGGUGGAAAAACUCGGACUAAGCGUUGUAAUACUAAUAGCGUCUCAGAACCUAUAGGUUUGUUUCCCAUUGACCUUGGCAGAGGUCCAGUCCAGCGUUUCAACAGUGUAGCGCUAUUUCUACAUGACGUAAUUCUGUGUUUGACAAGUAGUUUCCAGAAAGCCGUUCAGCGGUCAUACCAUAAAAUCGUCCUGUUAAAACAGAAGGCAUUCGUGCAGUCCUUCGCGCUAUCAAUGCAGGCAGCUCUCUUACUGGCUUGAGCCAACACUCUGUGACAAUCAGCCAUAACAGUUUUGUUAGCCGUCGCCAUCCCUGCAUGCAGCAUCUGAACUCCCAACAUUGGCAAGCUCUUCUCACAGCUGGUGGGCAGUGUGACUCAUUCCCUGUACCACAUGCCGUACACACGCGCACACACGCACCGCUCCACUUUGUGGACAAUGCAACAUGGGAAGUGCGUGACUGACAGCUGACCGUGUACUUCAGAAAAUUAGAUUUUUCUCAAAGCGGUCUGCCAGAGGUAUAAUUUCUCCUGAUUGCGAUGCCAAUUGAAGUAACAGUCAGCACGGCGCAGACCUCCGCCAAGGUCGAGUCGUUAACAAAAGUGAGAAAAAAAAAUGGUGGAAGCCCGUUGUUUGUCAGAGCACAUUGUGCGACGUUUCUGCAAUCGGCAGAGUGGGCUCUGACAGGAACGAGGCAGUAGGAAAGCUAUUUAUAUCCUAAUUUUGUAAGUAUAUGCAUUUCUAUUUGAUCUAGCUAUCUAUUUAUCAAAUGUACCCUAUUUCCUCUUACACAGUCGUGGCCACAGGCUUUUAAUUACUCAUCAACUGAGUAGAAUAUACAUAAUAUAAUAUAAUAUAAUAUAAUAUAAUAUAAUAUAAUAUAAUAUAAUAUAAUAUAAUAGGUAGACAUUGACUUGAGUUGGACUUUAUUCUGAUGACUUGAAAAUGCUCGUGGUUUUCGGUGAGUGUGUUGACUAAAAUGUGUCCCCAUUCAAAGUAUUCAAUUGAUGUGAUACGUUAUGAUAUCAUUUCCAGCGAGACAACAUAUUUUCCUGCAGAAUCUGCUGCAUUGAAUGCAUCAAUUAACGUCCAGUCAGGUUUAAGAACAAAUGAGGGUGUGGCUUAAAUUUCCGUGAGCGCCGGGCUGCUGGAGUGUGGUAGAAAGUUCUUCACAUGCUCAUGCACCUGCAUAACACUAGGACACUGUCUUGUCUUGACUCGAGACUUGACUUGGACUUGCAGGUUUUUACUUGGGACCUGACUCCAGACUUGGGAUUAAAGACUUGAGACUUACUUCCCCAUCAGUGUUGAAAUAUGUGCUAUCUUUGCAGCCUUGCAGAUGCCAUGUCAGGCGGUGUGUGUCUGCACGCGUUUAAAUAUCCAAGCUGACAACUUACAAGGUGGUUUAUUCAAAACAAGAAUGUGCUAAUGGCUCGGGCAUCUAGUCCGGAAGCCUCCCGGACGCCUCCCUGGUGAGGUGUUCCGGGCAUGCCCGGCCGGGAGAAGGCCUGGGGCAGACCUAGGACACGCUGGAGGGAUUAUGUCUCACAGCUGGCCUGGGAACGCCUUGGUGUCCUCCCGGUGGAGCUGGAGGAGGUGGCCAGGGACCGGGAAGUCUGGACUUCCCUACUGGGACUGCUGCCCCCGCCACCCGGACCCGGAUAAGCGGAAGAAAAUGGAUGGAUGGAUGGAUGGAUGAAUGGAUAGUUUGUAAGAAAGAAAAGGAAGCGUGUGGCUGACCUACAGCUUUGAUUGUGAUGUCACAUUACCAAUGACUGAUUCAUGUUGAUUCAAUUUGUUUUACAGACAUCAAUCUUUUUUCUAACAGCGACUUUCUCGGAUUUCACCAAAUGGCCCACACAGACUCAAAUAAAAAGGUCAAAAGCUGCAAGUUGCGCCUCAAGACGGUCAAAUCGCUCCCAGAUCGAGGGCAUCGGCCGGUUGCCUCUCCUGAUUUUCUAAAGCACCCCUGUCUGACCGUCACAGCAAUAUGCCCUCCUUACCCAGAUCAACUGAAAGGUGGCGCCCCCUGCAGUUCACCCGCAUUCUCAUUUACAGCAAAUGACGUCCGAAACAAACACAGCAGGCCCGCUCACAGCGCGGGGGCCAGGUGCUACCAUCACACCUCAGUCGCCCACAAGCCAGCAGCGUAUCACUUCAACGCCACCUCUGGUUUCCCCCUCAUUCACUUCCACUGGGAUGGUGCCGUAUCCAGUCUUCAACGCAUUGACCUGGACAGGCGGUGUCUGCAAGAGUGCCCUCAACUCGGCAUGAUGGAAGACCUGCAGAUUCUGAACCUGCAACACAACCUGAUCACAAGCAUCAGCCAUCUGUCGCUGCUGCAGCAGCUCGUGGUCCUCAAUUUGUACGACAACCACAUUUCUGACAUGAGCGGCAUCAAUGAGCUCGCCUGCCUCAGGAUUCUCAAUCUGGGGAACAACAGGAUCCAUAAAAUAUCCUGCUUGGAUAACCUACACAAACUCAACAUCCUGGAUUUGCAUCACAAUCAGAUCUGCAGGAUGGAGAAUCUGAAGCACCUGAAGGAGCUGCAGGUGUUGAACUUAGCAGGAAACAACAUCGCCAAAGUGGAGAACCUCCAAGGCCUGGACUGUUUAACGGAACUCAACCUACGACACAACUGCAUCUCUUUUGUGACCGAGGUAGACCGACUGCCCCGCUUGCAGCGCCUCUUUCUCAGCUGCAAUAACAUCACCAGUCUCCAUCAGCUAGGCUGCUCCGGAGAGUCGCGCUCCCUUUCUGAGCUCACCCUGGAUGGGAACCCUGUAGCCCUGGAGACAUGGUACAAGCAGGCCGUCCUGCGCUGUGUGCUUCACCUCAGGCAGCUGGACAUGAAGCGCAUCACCGAGGAGGAUCGGCGCAUGGCUGGUGUUCAGGCACGGAAAGAGGAGGAGAAGAAGAAGGAGAGUCAAAAGCAGACCAUUCAUAGGGAGAAGCGGCGCCUCGCCAUUCGUAAUGCGGCUCAGCAGUGGGAGGGUGUUAUAGCCUGCCUGGAGCUGCCGGCGACGAAUGGCGCCAAAGAAGAGGUCAGCCCGGAGAACAGCCCCGCCCACUGCCCGACGCAGACCAAUGGGCUGGUUCAGGAGCCUUCGCCUGAUGAGCCGAGGCGGGUAAGUCCAGGUGCUGGACCAGAGCGGGUGAUGUGUGGUGGACCAGAGAGCAGAUUCCGUACAAACAGCCGUCCAAACAGCCCCCGGGAUCCAAAGCUAGCGGAGGCAGGCAGCGUUCAGAGUCUGUCGCUGUCUGACAGUCACCUGGCCGAGCUGGACGGAGACACGCUGAGGUUGUUCGGACUGGGUGCCCUGGAGGCGCUGGAGAGGGGCUGGGGCGCUCAGACCGCCGGCGCCGUCACCGUCAUCACCUUCCGCUACAUUCACUUUGAUGCCAUCGUACCCACGCUGCCGAGAAUCAGGGUCAAGUUCCCCAAUCUGUCGCAUCUAAUCUUCUUGGAAACCAACAUCAGCCGCCUGCCACAGCUGGCUGCCCUGGCUCAGGUGAGGCGUCUGGACCAGCUCACCAUCCACCCGGAGGGCAACCCGGUGGUCGGCCUGGCUCUGUGGCGCUCCUUCGUCAUCUACCGCCUCCACCACUUCAACAUGCAGAAGAUCAACGGCCAGGAGGUCACCAUGAACGACACCAUCGCCGCCGAGCGCGUCUUCGGCACGCUGGGUCACAUAGCGGCCACCGAGACGCCGCGUUGUCGCCUCCUCCUGCUGCUGGAGGAGUCCAGGAAGCGCCAGCUGCAGUUCCUGUUGGAGGGGCGUGGCCGGCGGGCGGGGCUCAGCCCUGAGGAGCUGCGAGACAACGGGAAGCUCCUGGGAGAAGGUCUGAGCCGAGCCCUGUUCAACUACCCGAGCCGGGACAGCAGCAUGGACAGCCCUGAGGAGGGUGCAGUGGAGCCAUCAGAGCGCGCCGCCAUGGUGGACCAGUACCUCCAGGACCUGGUGUGCAGGGCCUCAGACACCAACCUGAAGGGCGAGGCCCUCCACACGCUGUGGCCCUCCAUGUUUGCCGACAUGGUGAGGGACUGCGUGCUGGAGAUGAGGGACCGAGCGGCCUUUCGCCAAGCCAGCCUUGCCAAGCUCUCUAAGUGAACGCCUCGCCGUCGUCCAUCUUUACCAGUAACGACACGCUCUCACCUCCUGAUCUUUCCACUUAACUGACUUUUUGAGCCUGACAGGUUUAUCUCCCCUAGUCGCGUGGGGGAAGCACCUUCUCCUGAUGGAUGUAGACCACUUUAAGGACCCGUGGAUUGAAUGUAUAGUCGGGACAGUUCUCUGGAGCUGCAUCAUACUUGAAGAGAGUCAUCAGCAUCAUCAGCUUGAACUGACCAGGACCUUUUUUUUUCUCUUUACAAUGAACUUUGCAGUGUCUUAAACCUCAUGUGUUCAUCUCAUGUUCCUCACUGUCUCCUUGCCUGACGCAGGACACUUUGUUUAUUAACACCGGAUUUCUCUGUCAUUCUGCACUUGGUAGUCAAAUAAAUUCUCUAUCGACACGCGAUUUGCGUACACCUCCUUGCCUGUCCCAAGCAUGUCUCCUAACAGGACUGAACAUAUUCACCAGGCUUCCUCAUGUCGUGGCCAUGAUGAAACGCAACCGCAGACAGCACCAGGCAUCUAUUGAGGGUAAGGAUGUUUAUUAUUAUUUGCACAAAUGCAUUUUUAAAGAAUUUUUCAUAAUGUUGCAGAUUUUUUAAAAACAUUUUACACAAUAUUACAAUGAAGUUUAAUUGGCAUAAAAAUACAAAUACAAUAGUAUAAUAAUAAUAAAUAGAAAUAAAGUACCAGGUGUCUAUUUAGGGUAUGCUUGUUUAUUA